AUGCUGCUCGAACGAGUGAGGCGAACACAUCGCGGGCUGGGGGAAGAACUGCAGUGGCGCGUUGGACUACAGGACAGCUUUAGGUCCCCUCAUAAUGAGGAAGUUACUAAGGCUAUUCUUCAAGCCAUCAAGGAUUCUGGGGAGAGCUGGGGACCCGAGAGCUUACUCAGAAAAGCCUGUAAUAGGUUCUUUGAGAAUCUAAAAAGCCAAAAGCGACUUGACCUUGAGGGGAGGAUUGACGAGGUGAAAACCAGAAAAAAGCUGACAAGCAGACGUGAGAGGCUUUUCAGACGACUACAAAUGGUGGCGCUGGAUGUUUUGGAUGAGGACGACCUCCAGCUCUUGAAGGGGGCGGAUGCCAGCCUUAUGUCCGAUGAGGAAAGUGGGGAGGAGGACAAGGGCACGUUUGUGGUGCUCUCUCCAAGGUGGAGGAGUGCGCGCCUUACGCGUAUAUUGCAUAGAUGUCAGCAGGCGCUGGAGGCCAACGGGAGGAUGGGACGUAAGCCAGGGAGUUCCAGCCGGCGAGCUACUUUGAACGGCCGUUUCUGUGCUCGGGACCCCCCUGCUGCGUGA